AUGGCGGCGUCCCUAGGCAGGUUAACGGCCAAUAUCGGUGGCCCGGGAGAGUGCAGGCGGAGGGUGUAUGCGACUGUUGUAAUGUCGGUCGUUCUAUACAGAGCCCCUGUCUGGGCACAAGCGAUCGCGACUGACGGGGUCACUCGGCGUGCUGCGGCGAGGCUGCAGAGGCAGCUGGCGCUUCGAAUUAUCCGAGGCUACAGGACCGUCUCGUACGAAGCAUCUUUGUUGCUGGCGAGGCUGGUCCCAUUUGAUUUACUGGCCGAUCGGCUGAGGCGGUCAUAUCUGAGGCGGAGGGCUCUCAUUGAACGGGAUGGUUUUGUCGCUCCCAGAGCCAUAUCCGGGAUGAUGAGUUGCGUAACUCCAUCGCUAGAUGGAGGAAACGGCUGGAGGAGCUUCCGCGGGAUGCACCUGGGGCUGCGGUCCGAGGGGCUCUCGUGGGAAGGAUAA